UGUCCCCUUAUAUCAGAUGUCCUUAUCAUAGCCCACCCUUACCUCAGAAUCCCCAUCAGAGUGUCCCCUUACAUCAGGUGUUUCCAUCAGAGUGCCUCCUUACAUCAGGUGUUUCCAUCAGAGUGCCUCCUUACAUCAGGUGUACACAUUCAGAGUGCCCCUUUAUAUCAGGAUCCCCAACUGAGUGCCCUUUUACAUCAGGAUCCCAUCAGAGUGCCCCUUUACAUCAGGAUCCCCAUCAGAGUGCCCUUUUACAUCAGGUGUCUCCAUCAGAGCACCCCUUUACAUCAGGUGUCCCCAUCAGAGUGCCUCCUUACAUCAGGUCUCCCCAUCAGAGUGCCCCCUUACAUCAGGUGUCCCCAUCAGAGUGCCCCCUUACAUCAGGUGUCCCCAUCAGAGUGCCCCUUUACAUCAGGAUCCCUAUCAGAGUGCCCGUUUACAUCAGGUGUCUCCAUCAGAGUGUCCCCUUACAUUAGGUGUCCCCAUCAGAGUGCCCCCUUACAUCAGGUGUCCCCAUCAGAGUGCCCCUUUACAUCAGGAUCCCUAUCAGAGUGCCCUUUUACAUCAGGUGUCUCCAUCAGAGUGUCCCCUUACAUCAGGUGUCCCCAUCAGUGUGCCUCCUUACAUCAGGUAUCUCCAUCAGAGUGUCCCCUUACAUCAUGUGUCCCCAUCAGAGUGCCUCCUUACAUCAGGUGUACCCAUCAGAGUGCCCCUUACAUCAGGUCUCCCCAUCAGAGUGCCCCCUUACAUCAGGUCUCCCCAUCAGAGUGCCCCUUUACAUCAGGAGCCCCAUCAGAGUGCCCUUUUACAUCAGGUGUCCCCAUCAGAGUGCCUCCUUACAUCAGAUGUCCCCAUCAGAGUGCCCCCUUACAUCAGGUGUCCCCAUCAGAGUGCCCCUUAUAUCAGGUGUCCCCAUCAGAGUGCCCCUUUACAUCAGGAUCCCUAUCAGAGUGCCCUUUUACAUCAGGUGUCUCCAUCAGAGUGUCCCCUUAC